AAACAGUAUUUACGAUACACCAACGGCUUCAGAAAAAGUGAUUGUCUCUAUAAACGUAGCUAUUAUAUUGAACUUUAGAUCGACAACGAUAAGAACGAAACAUGAACGUUCAUGUGGAAAAGUGACGGUAUCUGGACAUUUUACAGACCAUUUUUCAAAAAUCAGCACAACUCAAACGUUUUUGAAAAAUCAGGACGGUCUCUCAAAAUCAGGACAAAUCCUGAAAAAUCAGGACACCUGGCACCUCUGACCGAAACGCGUGUCAAGGAACAAGAAAACUUCAAGAAGAAAAAUUUUCCUCCUCCGAACCAGACGCUUUUUCUUCCAAAAUUUUGGAUUUCUUCCGAAUCUAUUUGGAAGUGCAGCAUAACGGACCAUAAAAUCAAGGUACGAACAAUGUCAGAUGAUGAAACAUUCAAGGCAACUCCAGCAUUUUCGAAGAGAAAUAGAAUGCUUCUAGCCGAACUACCAUCCCUUGCCGAUCCUUCCGAGCACCAUGCGGGUGCCGGAGGUUGUUCCGGAAACUCUGAACGGCAUUCCGUUAUGGAGCACAUCAUACAUUCCCGGCUCAAAUUUCUUCAGACAGGAACGGUGUGGUCAGUUAGUGCUGAACAGGUUCGGCUUUCACCAAGAAAGGCAAUAAAAUGCUCAUAAAAUGUAAGUUAAUUUGCAAUAAAAUGUAUAAUAUUUUGAAGUGAUAA